AAUUUUACAUUACAGCAAAGAUCGUCAAAACACACACCGACAGUCAGCUAAUCAUUGCUGUUUUUAAAGCCCCCAUCAAAGCUAAGCUGCCAUUGAAGCUUUCUCAAAACACCCAUCGACCCCAUUACUUCCUUCCUCUCAUUCUCCCCUUUCUCUAUCAUUUAGAGAUCUUGAGCUGAAGAAAGGAAGACCAAAAAUGGAGUCUUUUUCAUCUCAUUAUACUUGCAGAUCCAUUACUAAGCUUGGCAGUUUCACCAUUUUCUUUUCACUCUUGCUUUCAUCCUUUUUCCUUACAUCAACAGAAGCCUAUGAUGCACUUGAUCCAAAUGGAAAUAUUACCAUCAAAUGGGAUGUUAUCAACUGGACUCCUGAUGGAUAUGUUGCUGUUGUCACCAUGUUCAACUUCCAGCAAUACCGGCACAUUCAAGCCCCAGGGUGGACACUAGGAUGGACAUGGGCCAAAAAGGAGGUUAUAUGGAGCAUGGUGGGUGGGCAAACCACUGAGCAAGGAGAUUGUUCGAAAUUCAAAGGAAACGUUCCACAUUGUUGUAAGAAGGAUCCAACAGUUGUAGAUUUACUUCCUGGAACGCCUUACAACCAGCAAAUCGCAAAUUGCUGCCGUGGAGGGGUGUUAUCUUCCUGGGUUCAGGACCCCGGGAAUUCUGUUAGCUCUUUUCAAGUUAGUGUGGGUCAAGCUGGAACUAGUAAUAAGACGGUUAAACUGCCAAGAAAUUUCACCUUGAAGGCACCAGGGCCCGGAUAUACUUGUGGACCUGCAAAGAUUGUGAAGCCAACCCAGUAUAAGACAGCUGAUAAACGGAGAACCACUCAAGCAUUGAUGACGUGGAACGUUACGUGCACGUAUUCACAAUUCUUGUCCCAAAAGACUCCUAGUUGUUGUGUGUCUCUAUCCUCAUUCUACAACGACACUAUAGUACCCUGCCCGACUUGCUCUUGCGGAUGUCAAAACAACAUUACCCAACCCGGAAGUUGUGUCGAGGCUGACAAUCCAUAUCUAGCAUCAGUUGUUUCGGCCGGCGGACCUAAGUCUAGUAAUACACCACUAAUCCAGUGUACUAGCCACAUGUGUCCUGUCCGAAUCCAUUGGCAUGUCAAAGUCAAUUAUAAAGAUUAUUGGCGUGCUAAGGUUACGAUUACAAACUUUAACUACCGGAUGAACUACUCACAAUGGAAUCUUGUGGUGCAACAUCCCAACUUCGAUAAUCUCACACAAUCGUUCAGUUUCAAUUAUAAAGGAUUGACUCCUUAUGAUAGUUUGAAUGAUACGGCCAUGCUAUGGGGAAUGAAGUUUUAUAACGAUUUUCUUAAUCAAGCGGGGCCUUUCGGAAAUGUGCAAUCAGAGUUGCUAUUCCAAAAGGACAAAUCAACCUUUACUUUCGAGAAAGGAUGGGCUUUCCCUCGGCGGGUUUACUUCAAUGGUGAUAAUUGUGUGAUGCCGCCUCCGGAUGCUUACCCAUGGCUGCCAAAUGCUAGUUCAAGACGUGUUCUGUCCCUGAUACAACCCUUCAUGACUAUAAUGGCUGCCCUGGCUUUCUUACUGGCAUAUGCUUAGUGAAGUACAUUUCGAUUUCAAGAUUUCUCUUGAAUCACUUCGUUCGGGUGCUCCAAUCCGUCCCUUUUAAAGGGAUUCCAUUCUCUAUUGAAUCGUCGAGAAUGAGAAUAUGAUGUCUUUUUGUUUAGGGAUAGCCUCUUUAUUACAGGUAUCAUACUAUUUAUAACAUUCUUUAUUUUUCUUGUUAGAUUAUUUAUUAAAAUACUAUUUCACUGUUGUAACAUGUAAAAACAUUCCCCAUGGAAGUGAAGUGUUAUAUAGAGUUGGUUGUUGUA